GCCGCAGCGAGUUUGACCCCCUGGCUGAUCAAAGCAGCAGCGCUGAGAAGAAUCAUAAAACUGAUUACAGCAAAUCUUCACGACAGAAAAGCGAGACUGCGGACUUCAGCCGCAGUGUCAGCGCGGGUGUGAGGGUGUAGGGCUCGGCAGAGAGGGGGUUAAGAACCAGAGAGGGGAAGAAAGAAAGAGAGAAUUUCCGGUGAGCCGGUCCAGUCCUCAGUUUAUUCCAGCGUCCGUUCCGCGCAGAACAAAACUCCCGGUACCUGCACGUUAACAUUAGAGCCACAGCGUGUAGGAUGUGCUAAUCUGCGCAGAACAACAGCAAAGAAACAUCACACGGAGGGAGAGCUAAUAAGACCUUUCAUCACAGACAGAGAGAGAGAGAGAGACACCCUGAAAAGAAAAGAUGUCCAAACCCAACUACUCUGGACUUUACCACAUGGUGUCUCAGGAAAACUUCGAGUCCUAUCUAGCUGCUUUAGAUGUUAAUUUUGCCCUGAGGAAGGUUGUAUGCAUGCUGAAGCCCAGUAAGCAGAUUGAGCAUGAUGCCAACACAGGCCACAUGAAAAUCAAGACCAUGACCACAUUCAAAAACUUUGACAUGGACUUCAUGCUGGGCAAGGAGUUUACUGAGGACUUGGGACCUGUUGAUGGGAGAAAGUGCCAGACCACUGUGGACUGGGAGGGUGAUAAGCUGGUGUGUGUGCAGCGAGGAGAGAAGGAGGGAAGGGGAUGGACUCACUGGCUGGAGGGAAACCUGCUCCACCUGGAGCUGCGGGUGAAAAAUGUGGUGGCCAAACAGGUCUUUAAGAAAGCAGAAUGAGAGGCUGGUUGUGGACCCAGAGCAUCAUGGUAACUCUAAUUUGGAUUGAGGGGAGACCAAAAGAGCAAGCGAGAUUCAGCCACAACACAGCUGAGUCACCAAAUGACAGGAUGUAGUGUAUAACCAGAGACAACAGAAAAAAAAGUGACACUUGUCACUUUAACACAACCACACUAAACUUUCCCCCUUUUAAUCAGUAGCUUUUAGGCUGUAACAUAAAUUAAAAGUGAUAAAUUGACUCAUCCUCCAGAAUACCUCUCAGCUCUGGAGAGAAAAUGGCCAUGUGGAUCAUUACAAAAAGUUACAAAAGCUUUUAACAUCCUCUGAGUUUUAGUGGGGGCUUGACUGGUUAGUAGUGUUCCAGCCUGGGCCACCCCUGUGUAGUACAGCUGAUUUUUGUUUUUUAGAUUUUUUUUUUUUACUUUGUGCAGUGUCUGGUGGACCACAUUAUUGAAAUGCCCCAAUUCAGUUUAGUAUUAUCCCUGAGUGUCCUGCUUUGGGUCUGCUGUUAUGAAAUAUAAAAGCUUUCAUUCUGA